AUGCUGAGUUGUAAAUUAAUAUUAUAUGGGAAAAGGCCAUUAAAACAUCUACGUUCAGCAACUGAUUUUAAGUCGUAUCGUUCUGCUAGUAAUAGUAGUAGCAGUAGUGGUAAUAAGGAAAAAAUGAGUAAUAAAAUAUACACGCAAAAAAGGAUAAUAAAAAGAGAUAGACUACUCGGUAGUAUUAAACCAUUCAUAAACGAAAAAUGUGAUACCCCGGAAAGUAAUGUAAUAGCAUAUUAUUUAUGUAAAUUAUUGAAUUUACAAAUUUUGAAAAAUGCAUAUGAGAACAUUGGUUGUAAAGUUUUGUAUAAAGAACCAUAUUUAUAUGUAGAGAGUUGUGAGUAUUUUAAUCAACAAGAUAGUUCAGGUGUGUUUUUUAAAAAUGGAUGUGUAGUAAUAUGGAAUAUGAAGAAAAAUAAUAUAACAAAAUUCUUACAUUUUUGUAAAAGUCAUAUAAACAUAAAUGAGACUAUAGAAACCUACGAUUUUGAAGAAUUAGAAGUACAAAAUGUGAAUAAUAAAAGUUAUGUAAAUAAUUCUAUUAUUUACUUAAGUUCUAAUAAUUAUAGAACGACAGAUAAGAUUUCUUUCUCUUUUGGAUUAUUAAGUGCUGUUAGAUUAAAUAAUUUAGAAAAAAAAAUUGAAAAUAAACUACUUUUAGAAAAUAAUAAUAUAGAAAUUUUAAAAAAAAAAAUUAAAUCAACAAACUUAGACCUAUUAUCAAAACAGUUAUUCACGUCAAAAAUUACUUUACACAAUUUAAGAUAUGAAUUAAACAUUGAACAAGAUAUACUUGAUGUUCCUGAGGCUUUAUGGGAAUUAGAAUACCAGAAAAAAUUAUUUCUUAACAUUUUAAAUAUCUUUGAUAUUAAGCAAAGGGUCGACUUAUUAAAUCAUAGACUAACUUGGACUUUUGAUUAUUUAAACUCAUUUCUUGAUUAUGUUAACCAAAAACAUUCUUCGAGGUUAGAGAGGAUUAUAAUUAUAAUCAUUGGACUUGAGCUGAUGCUCGGGGUUAUGCAGAUGAUUAACACGGUGGGAUUUGUAAGUUUGCAAUAA